UCAAAAAUUUUAAAUGUCAGUUUUACUUCUACCGUUUCAAAUAAAACAGUUAUUUUUGGUAUAAAAGAUGGCCAUGGUCUUCAGUAGUUUUAAUUGAAUGGCUGCUGUCAAAUUAUGGGGUGUGCGUGCAGCUCUACAGUUUCUUCACAGGACGAACAAACCCAAAGAAGACACAGAAGACGAAAAUGAAGCUCAAAGAAACGAAGAUAAUGUUUUAGCAAACCUAUUUGCACAUGCAAAAUCUGAAACCAAGGACGAUCCAAACGAUCCCGAUGAUGAGUUCAUCGAUUGCGGUCCAUCUCCGCCGGUCGAUGAGGUACCCUUCAUCUUCGACCAUAAUUAUGAACACCCAAAUAACGAAAACGAAGUAAAAAUAUGUUACCACACUAUCGAGCAGAACAUUUUGGAACACAUGGAGAAUGUCUUUGGUAGAACGAGUCUAUUGAACGAUAUUCAAUCGAAGAAAAUUAACCAAAAAACAAUUAAGGAUGCUUUCAUUGGCGCCAGGCGUAUUGAGAUCGACAUUUCAUUCUUGUGGGCUUGUUUAAUCAAAAGGUGGGAUAUUUUGGAAGAUUUAUUACAAUUAGGAGCCAAUUUGAAUUGCUUCGAGCCCGCUCAAGGUUUGGGAGCUUUGCAUUUAGCUGCGUUCAGUAACUGCAUUACAAGUAUGAAAUUUCUUGUAUCGAGAGGAUGCGAUGUGAAUGCGUUAUACAAAUUUUACACGCCUUUGCAUUGCGCUGCUUUCGGGGAUAACGUAGAAGCUGCUUUGUUCCUGAUACAAUAUGGGGCAAGAAUUGACGCUCUCACUAAUAGUGUUUACGAGGAGAAAGAAAGUGCCUUGCAUUGUGCUGUCAGGGCGAAUGCAAUAAAUUGUGUUCAAAUAUUGGUUCGAAAUGGUGCCAAUGCAGGCUGUUCUGAUUUUUCUGCUGUACAUUUGGCUGCGGAUCUGGGAAACAGCGAAUGUUUAAGAUACCUUCUCGAUGCCAAAGGAGCUUCCGUUAAUUCCAAAACUAAAGAACAAGAACAAACACCGCUACAUCUAGCUUCAACAGGCGGAUACACAGACUGCCAGAACAUCCUAUUAGAUAGAGGAGCCAACGCCAAUUCAAAAGACCACAGAGGCCAAACUCCCUUACACCUAGCAGCAAGAACUCAAGACCACGGUUGCCUCGAACUACUACUCACGAAAGGGAAAGCCGAUCCUGAUAUAGAGGACUACGAUAAGAGAACUCCUCUGCAUGCUGCUAUAGGCAAAUCUAGCCAAUCUAGUAAAAUUAUUGAAACUUUAAUCUUAAACGGAGCCAAUCCUAAUGCCGCGGACCAAUACGGUUACACUCCUUUACAUAUAGCUGCUUUAAAAGGUUUAUCAGAAUGCGUCGAAGCGUUGAUCUACUACGACGCUGACGUAACAGCCAAAACCAAAUGUGGAAUGACAGCAUUGAGCAUUAUACGAAAGAAAGUCCCAUUAGCAUUUUCUAUGUUUACUAAGAAAUUAGAUAACGCUAUCUCUUUACACAAUGUUGAUUCUUCCUCCAAUCAUGAACUGGAAUUAAGAUUGGAUUUUCGGGUAAUUUUAGAGCAUGAUCAUCCUGGGGAAAUAAAUUUUCUUUACACUUUAGUAGAAGAAGGGUACAAAACUGUUCUUCUCCAUCCUUUAUGCUCUGCUCUGUUGUAUCUCAAAUGGGAGAAAAUUAGGAAAUACUAUUUAGCAAGGAUUCUGUUUUAUUGCAUUUUUGUAGUGAGUUUAUCACUGUACGUUCUUACAGCUCUGGCUCACCAUUGUUACAAUUACGGCAAGAAUUUUAAUGAAAUGAAGCCGGAGGAUGUGAUUGAGCUGUGCGAGAAAAAAUCAAUACUAGGCAGGAUUUUAAGGGACAGUGCGUUUGUAAUAGAAAUGCAAUAUUUUGUUCUGCUCGGUAUAACUUUUUUAGAAAUUUUAAGAAAGCUAUAUGGUAUAGGAGGCUACCAUUCUGCCAUUCAGUAUUUCUCUUACACAGAAAAUAUUAUUGAAUGGACAGUUAUAGCUAGCGUUUUCGUUAUUUCUUUUCUCUACACCGGAAGAACUUAUUUAUGGCAAAAUCAUGUUGGAGCAUUCGCGAUUCUGUUAGGUUGGACCAACAUCAUGCUAAUGGUGGGACAGUUGCCUAUUUUUGGUACAUAUGUCGCAAUGUAUACAAGAGUGCAAAGUGAAUUUGCUAAGUUACUGUUAGCCUACUCUGGUCUUCUAAUUGGAUUUACGCUAAGUUUUUGUGUAAUAUUUCCAGAUUCUAACUUCUUUGCUAAUCCUUUCAUAUCGCUUAUUACUAUUAUCGUAAUGUUGUCAGGUGAAUUGAACUUAGAUAUACUGGUAGAUGACAAUCCUGAUGAUCCUCAUUAUCUACUAGAAUUUAGCGCGCAAGUAACUUAUAUCAUUUUUGUUCUAUCUGUUACUAUAAUCCUCAUGAAUUUACUGGCUGGUAUAGCAGUGGACGAUAUCAAAGGAUUACAAAAAACUGCGACUUUAUCGAAACUGGUCAGACAAACAAAGCUUAUAUCCCACAUGGAGAAAGGGCUUUUUAAUGGCAGUUUGCCAAAAUACAUAUUAAAACCCCUCCAUGUUUCAGCUUUGGUAUCUCCAAAACCAUCAAAAGUUGUUCUAAAUGUUAAACCGUUGAAUCCAAAAGAAACUCGAUUACCAAAAGACAUAAUUAAGGGUGCAUUUGAGGUGUCCAAAAAACAAAAACACUUCCAAAAUUCCAUGCACAGCCCAAGCGAAGGUUUGGGGUAUUAUUGGUUUAAUAACGAUGAAACUAAAAAUAGUUGUUUUAAUAAUGAAUCAUUUGAAUUGAUACAGGAAGAGAUCAGAAGGAAAAACGAUGAGAUAGAGUAUUUAAAAGAUUCUAUACAAGAAAUGAAAAAUGCUUUUAUGGAAAAUCAGGAAACUAUGCAACAUUUUAUGAAAAUUUUGGUGCAGAGCAGGAGAGGUAGUAAAUGUUAACAUUGUUUAUGUUUUAAAUUAUGUGGUUUUACUUUGGUAAAACAUUCUAGGUAGCAUUUAAUAUCAUAAUGCAUAAAGAAAAAAUUAGGUUAAAUAAUACUGUAUUUUAUAUAAAAUGUAAAUUGGAAUAAAGAAUGUCACAAUUACUCCUUGCUUUU